GUCUGUAGAUUGAUCUUAUUCGAAUUUCAACAUUUAUAUAGUGUAAAUAAAUAAAGACAAUUCACUGUUAAUUAAAAAACCUAUUUAAGCACAAAUAAUUAGAGCAUUAUGAGUUAAUAAUUAUACGUGUAAAAGAAAUAAUUUUUGGUGGGUCUUUAACAUUUGCGGUAAAUACCCGUUUUCAAAUGUGAGUCAUAGAAAUUUAUAUUAUGAAACAAAUUAUAUUUAUAAUUUGUACUUUUCCCUCCGUAUCGUAAAUCGAUUAGUAUAAUGUGAGUUUUGGAAUCAAUAAGUCGUACACAGUAAAUUGUAUAUUAUGUUUGAUUCUGAAGAAGAAUACGACGAGGAAAUCGAAAAAAUUUUUAAAAUACACAAUACAUACCCAGAUAUGGAUGUCAAGAGGAUAGUGUACAUCGUGAUCGCAGUCGUGCUGCUGCUGCUGAUAGUGAGCUGCUGCCUGCGCCGGAAAAGGAAUCGAGGCCGAGUGCUGACGCCGGCGCCCGCGCCCCCCGCGCCCCCCGCGCCCGCCCCCGCGCCCUACCCGCAGCAGCAGUACGCCGCGCCCUACCCGGUGCCCGUAGUGACGGCGUACCCCGUCGCACAAGCUGCCAGCCCUUACCCCGCUCCGAACCCUUAUGCCACAAACACCUCGCCCUAUCCCCCUUACCCGACCGGGAUGCCCGUGGCCACUCACCAGGCGGAGUCUCACACUGGACAGUACCCGCAGGGCUUCGCUCCGGGAGGAUAUCCCGCGGCCGGGGCGCCCUAUCCCACUGCGAGCUAUCCCUCCGCCCCGAGCGCUCCAGACGCUAACGUUUUCUUCGGAAUAGCAGCUCCCGGCUGGAACACGCAAGCCAUGCCGCCGUCGUACGAGCAGGCGGUCUGCGCCAAGUCGCCGCCGCCGCCGCACAACCCGUACGCGCCGCGUUAGGCACGCGCACGCACGCGCACGCACGCGCACACACGCGCACACACACGCAGCGACUCACGCGGUGCGGACACUAUUCGACUUUAAUUUUAUUAACGUAGGAACAUAUCGAGGUGCGCGUUCUUAUGUUAAGUCACUGCCUUCAUUUAAAUAUUUGCAUCAUUCGAUUGAGAAAAGAUUUAUAAAUGGAUGUUGGUCUCGUGCCGUCUCAGACGGCAGCCACUCGCACCCCUCUACGCUUUCAUACGUAUCCGUACAGAUGCAUCGCUUUGAAUUAUAACUUCGCAUUAGUUGGAAUCGCAAUUGUUAAAAUAGUUUCCCCAAAUAAUGGGCACGCUCGUUUUGUGCAGCGACGCUGACGUCAUCGCUUAAAGUGUAACGAGCCAUAAUGACAGCGUUACAAUAGAAAUACUUCAAAUAUUUAAAUAAAUUGGUGCGCUACACACUGGUACGAGUUGCUACAAUUGAUGCACGAUCGAUGUUGCGCAACCGCGAACUCGUUACGUCAGAAAUUACGCGAGAAAAGAAAUAAUUGCGUUUUAAUGUCGUUGCCGUCCGUACGGGCUGAGUACUUUCCCCAUUUAUAGAUCUUUGCCAUUAUCGCGUUGUGUAAUAUUGUUGUAAAUUCUAAUCACUGUGAACACAUAUAUCGGCUCUACUGUGUGCACCUGGGUGCCAUUUUAUCUCUCAUGUGAUUACUGUCACCGAAUAUUGGUUGCACUGAAUUGCCUUUUAUUGUAUGGGUAAUAAAACAUUAUUCCUUUAAUAACUACGAUAUUUAUGUUGUUGUAAGAAAAUAUAGUUGUUACGAUUUUGUCUCUUUCGUAUAGCUGUGUAAAACUAACACGAGAAAGAGACGACUAUUUAGAUCGUAAGUCCUUUUAAUAAUAAAGUAAGGCUAAGUACAUUUAGAUUUCGAGGCUUUUGGCUCAAAUCGAACGAUUUUAUCUUCCGUAGUCGAAACGCGAACGGAUUGUCUCGUCGCACUGUGAAACUCAUCGAGCGACACAUUUGAAGUUUAUUAUUAAGUAGAACAAUAUUUGUGGUUUUUUCAAAUAAUGUCGUUGGAUUAACUUGAGAAUUUAUGUAUUUUUUUUUCUAAAGCGAAUGGAAUAAGCAGGGUUAUUUUGAUUUAGCGUUUUUUUGACCACUUUGCGUAAAACUUUAAGUGAAUUUGUGCUAACUUUAUAAAUGUUUGGUUUACUUGAACAAAUUUUUUAUAAUAAUAGUUCGUAAGACUGAUAUUUGAUGAAUGUCGUAGUAUUAUAGUUUAUUAUUAUAAUGUUAAAACGCCACACUUCUACGUCAGGUGAGCCCGUGGUGCGCUUCGUUUCCUAAUAAACUAAGAAUAUACAAUAUAUGUGCUGCACAUAAUGUAGCGCAGCGCUCGAAACAUUCCUCUCGUCUCAUUAAUAGAUCAUUAUAUAAAACACUCUCAAUAAGACCUCCCGGUCCGGUCCGCGUGGCUACUCGUGACGUCGAGUACGCUUGCGAACAUUCGUAUAUAAUCGCAUUUUUACAGGCGCUUUUGAUCGUCACAAAAUACAAAGUUAUGUUAGUUAAACAGAACACACAUGUAUAAUAUAUCCAAGUCAACGAGUAUUCACUUCUCGUUUUUUAUUUUCAAUCACCACAUCAAUGGAACGAGUGUUCUGUCCGUUCGUGUCGACGUGGUCAUUCGAUACGACGCUGGUCCGUCUGCGUAGCGGUUUGUUACGCACGCGACGGCUCUCGUUGAACACCCUCCUGUACGUUUUAUAUAAGUAAUUAGCGUGUAAUUUGUUAUUCGUUUGAAGAAGUAUUAUCUAUAAAUGUUUGAUAUAUUAUAUUUUAUAUAAUUUAAUGUAAGAUUAAAUGUGUAUUUACUUCCAAAACGCUAUUAACAUUUAUAUUUGUCACGCCAUUAAUAAAAUAUUACUAUUGCUCAGAUAUUUAAAAGAAUAUAAAUAAAUCAAACGUAUUAUUAUGAAACAGUCUUGAUAUUUAUGUAAUUCUCCUACAAACCCACAGUUGCCAAAAUAUUAAAUCUGCCAAAAACAGUGAGACGCCGCAGCUCGUGAGCACGGGGCGAGUGCUCUCGGAUCAUUCACGAUCGCCGAGUGGGCAGCUCGUCGCCCUUAUCUGAAACAUAUCUCGGUUCGUCAUCGACGCCGUUCAUCUUCCUUCGUAGUGUUUACAAUCUUAAUACAUAUAUUUUUUAUAAAAGUAAUUUUUGUAGACAUUAAAUAAACAUUAAAAGUCAGUUAACGAUGUUGAGCGAAGACGCGGGCGAUGACUAACUCGAUUGCUCAUUACAUUUGCUCGUUUUACCACAAACGAGGCGAUCGCUGGAACCUGACCGGAAUUUUGAACUAAUCGGAAUUGCUUUUAAUGCGUCGUGUGUCGGUAUUCGGAAACGAGGGACUGUCGGGACAAAUAUAUGUGGUGUUACCAGAUAGAAAAUCAUACGAGCGGCGAGCAGCGAACAUCCCGUAAUAGAUUUAGUCUACUAACCGGCGGUUUAAAAUAUUCUGUCUCCCUCACACAUCCUCUAUGAAAUGUUGUAAACAAUUUACCGAUACUGGAAAUUGUGGCUUAUGAAAAUAUUGUCUGUAUUUUUUGAGAAUAAGGAGAAUGUGUCCCAUCUAAAUAAUGUAAUUCUAUUGUUAUAGUUUAAAGUGUUACCAAUUGUUGACAUUAAAGGCGCAGGACAGGUCUUAUAGUUUAUGUUUCAGACACAGUAUUGUAUUCACAAGUUAUAUUAUUAUAGAAGCUCUAAAGAUUCGUUUCAUGUCGUUCGAGUCUCGGCAGCUGUUCGCCGCGCGACUUCAAUGCGUACACUCGUAACAGAUUGGUGCAUUUCUAUUCCUCCCUUCGAUGACUGAGAGUUUAUUUUGUAUUUAAAUUAAACCAGAUUAUCUUGAA